ACUUGAGUAACACUGACCUAGUGGCCUACACUCUCGCAACGAAUCACUGCCCGUUAAGUUUAGACAAAAAUCGAUUUACAAUGAAAGUACAAGACGUUCUUAGCUGUAGCUUUCCGUCAUGGUAUGACAAGUUCAAAAAAUGUACCAUUAAGAGCAUUUUACUGCCUUUAACACCAGAGGUCCUGGCCUAUAUGCAAGAUAAUGGGACUCUGGUGCUCCCAGAAGGUUCACAGCCAGAGCCAACCUAUAAGAGGAACACACAAGAGGAAGAAGACACUGAAGACUGGGAUCUGUGUGAGACAUCAGGCUGUGUUGUGCAAGGUCCUAAGUUGGAGGAGUACAGCACAAAGAUCAGAGAUGCCAUCAAGAAGCUUGGAGGAAGUGCCUUUCCUAAACUUAAUUGGAGUUCCCCAAAGGAUGCCACAUGGAUUGCCCUCAACAGUUCUUUAAGAUGUUACACCCCUGGAGAUGUUUAUCUCCUCCUUAAAAGUAGCAACUUUGUCACACAUGACCUCACAACACCCUUCAAGGAUUGUGAUGAUGUAGAUGUAGCAGAUCCCAGUGUUGAUUACUGCUUGGUAUUACGAAGAUGGAUGGAGAUCAACCCUGCUUAUGAGUUUCGCUGCUUUGUGAGGAAUAAAGAACUAGUUGGUAUUUCUCAGCGUGAUAUAAGCCAGGGUUACUCUUGUGUUGGUGGUGAUCAAGUUAAUAUUCGCAAUGACAUUAUCAGCUUCUGGAGAGAAAACAUAGAUGACAGAUUCCCUCUUCAUGACUAUGUGGUUGAUGUGUACCGUCCAGUUAAGGACCAUGUGAUCCUGCUUGACUUCAACCCAUUUGGUGAAACAACUGAUGGUCUUCUGUUUUCUUGGCCUGAACUGAAAGGGUUGGAAGACUUUAGAGAGUGCCUUAGCAGGGUUAUUGGAGAUGAAACUAGUGAGGAACCUGAAGACAACAUCCAGUAUCAUAAUGAGAGGAACGUAACGGACAGCAAUCUACAGUCAUAUUCACCACAAAGGGACAAACUUAUUUGCUCCAGUCUCAUCGAAAAUUCACCAGAAUUUCGGUUCAUAUCAGAUGCUACAGGAGUUCAGCCUAGCCCACAUAAGAAGUAUGGUCUCCCAAUGGAUAUAGUUGACUUAAGCACCAUCCAAGAUCCUAAGAAAUUAAUUGACAUUAUACAAAUGGUAAGGAAAUAUUUACAGUAUAUAGUAAAACAGCAUUAUAAUGAUGAUGAAAGAAAAUCCAUUACUGCAGAACCAUUUAUAAAGCAGUUGAAGGUUGCCCAAAACUUUCACAAAGGUUCAGAAUUCAAGCUCAUAUUUUGGAACAAAUUUCAUUAUUUUAUGAAAGCAUAGACUUUAAAGUUGAGUCCAUUAAGUCUUAAGAUUCUUCAUAACUAAAUGACAGUUGAAUGUGCCAUUAAUUGGGAAGUUUGCAGGAUAAUUUUUUUUCUGCCAAGAAUUGUGAGUUGAUGGUCAGUAGAAUGCCUUAUAAGAAAGGGUAAGCCUAUACAGUAUAGAACUUCAGUGAAUUUUUUUCUUUCACUGAAAGUGCAGAUUGAAGAUGAUGAUAGUUUAGAAUGAAGAGGAGGUUCCCAGCUGAUCUAAGGAGAAGGAAUAGGUUCUGAUUUCUUGGCCAUAGCUUCCUCUCUGACGUGGCGCUUUUUCUCUUAUUUCUCAUUUGUCUUGUCAUGACAGGUCUAUUGGUGAAUGUUGUUAACCCUUUAGUGACCGUAGCCUUAUAAAGUUUCGGUAUAGAGCCACAACUUUCGGAAGAAUUUCGUAUGAAUCCACUGAAUGAAAAUAAAAAUCUCUUUUUUCCCUUUCUGGUUUAUUUUUGUAUUUUGAGUAUGUUCCCAAAAUGGGAACGUUGGACACUUCCGGAGUACAUUCAUGAUAUUAUCAUAUAUAUAUAUAUAUAUAUAUAUAUAUAUAUAUAUAUAUAUAUAUAUAUAUAUAUAUAUAUAUAUAUAUAUUCCACCACCAUUUCUUGGAGCGUAGUCUUGGCCUGUAGGUUGACAGCAUCUGGUCACAAACAUCUACACCACCCAUUCCUUUGUUAUACAUUUUUAUCAUAUGUGGCUGGUUUAUUGCCUUCCUUCCUUCAUUUUUUACCCAUCUGUUUACUUUUUGCAUAGGACUGACUCCAUAGUAGUUGCUAGCUACUGUAACAAUGCUGUUAUCAUUCCAUCUUGAACAUAGGACGGAAUCAUCCGAUCUGUAGUCGUAUGAACCUCUUUCUUUUUUUUCAAGUUCUUUCUUUGAUAGAAGAGGGCACUUUCCUGUGCGGUUAUCUCUGAUUGUUCCACAGGCUCUAAACCCAUUGCUUGUAAGGUCAAUCAUCAAUGCGUGACUGGUGAAAAAGUUGUCAAAAAAUACAACAUGUUCAUCUUUAUUCACCACUGGCUGUAGCAUGUCCAUGACAACUUGAUAGCCUAAAAGCUCCUUCUUGCUUUUAUCUUUUCCACAAUAAAUAGAAAAGUUAUAAGGAUAACCGUCAGCACUGCACAUCAUCCACAUCUUGUAACCAAACCUAACAGGUUUGUUUCUGAUGAACUGUUUGGCGCUGUGGUGUCCGCGGUACGGGAUCAUUGAUUCGUCAAUGCUGAGAAAUUCAUGAAAAAUUCCAUGUUUUUGACAAUUAUUUCUCAGCAUGUGAAGGAGGGGCAGAAUCUUGGCCACCUUUGAAUUUUCCAAAUUGUUAUUAUCAGCCACAUGAAAGUACCUCUUGAUGGAUUUGAACCUUUCUCUGCACAUAGUCUUGGCGAAUAUUGGUAUUUCCAAGUCUUCGCUUGAUGACCAGUAGUCAUUUUCAGAGGGAACACUGUGAUAUCCACUGAUCAAGAGAAGUCCCAAAAACUUCAUCAUGUCAUUCUCAUCAACACAGAAGUCUUUGUUGUUUUUGUCUCGAUGAGCAUACAAAUUUGUUUGUUCUGUUAGGUGACUUAUGAUUUCAUCUGUGAAGAAAAGUUUGAAAAUUUCAAACAUUUCCUUUCCUAAAUGCACAUCAGCAACACUUGGAGGAAUUGAGUGAGGACCAAACGAGACAUUUUCCUUUUUACGUUGAUGAGUAAAUAAGGGUAGGCAGACUACGGAUGUGUCCAGCGUUCCCAUUUUGGGAACAUCAUACAAAAACACUUAUAGCGACAUAAUUAUAAUAUAAAUCACAUUUAUUGAAAUGUAUAAGAUAAGAAGGAGUACUUAGACAUUACACCAUGUAAAUAAAUAGCUCAAGGAGAAUUUUUUUUAUUGAGAGAAAAUGUUUAUUUCGAGUAGUCAUUUUUACAUCAAAUUCCUUCAGAACAUACCACAAAAAGUAACAUGGGUAUUACAGAGUAUUGGAAUCUUUUUAUGCAGAAUAGUAAUUUAGAUGUAUAACAAUAUAUCUGCUAUGAAAUAAAUUAGAAUAUUAUGUUAAUAAUCACGGGAGAAUAUUUGAAAGUUAUGUUCCCAAAAUGGGAACGUUAGACACUAAAGGGAGCUAAUCAUUUUAUAUUUUUACUUUCUGUAAACAUUUAGCCGAUAUAUGUGGAUGCCAUUAUGUAUGAUUUUUAAUAAAGGUUUUAUAAGUUA